AUGGUCGCUGAAUUGUCUGCACUGCAACAGAUUGUCAAUUCCCUUACUGGUCUCAAUGGUCUUCCUCCGGUCAUUGUCCAGUGUGUGGUGACCACAAUCUACACCUCUCUUGGAGGCUUCAAAGUCAGUUUCAUCACCGACAACGUCCAAGGUGCAAUGGUAGUAGGCCUUAUCAUCAUCGCUUGCAUCACCGUCGGAGUUGAGACGGACAUUCAACAUGAUUUGAUCGAAAAGUCUGGCUACCUCAAUUCCAGUCUCCUUGGCUGGCAGCUCAUGUACAUUCUGCCAGUUGCCAUCUUGACAAAUGAUUUCUUCCUCUCCGGAUUCUGGAUGCGAACCUUUGCGGCCAAAACAGACAAGGAUCUGUAUAUCGGCGUUGGGCUUGCCACUGGAGCGGUUGCCGUCAUCUUGACCUUGGUUGGAGCUUCAGGUCUUAUCGCCGGAUGGUCUGGCGCCCUUGGUGAUCCACCAGAGGAGUCUUCCAUUGCAUUUUUCCUUCUUCUGGACCAACUGCCCGCGUGGGUGGUUGGCAUUGUCCUCGUCAUGGUCAUCACUCUUUCGACGGCAGCUUUCGACUCGUUCCAAUCAGCCAUGGUCUCGACCGGAUCCAAUGACAUCUUCCGCAACCGGCUCAACUUUUGGUUCAUCCGAGCCGCUGUCGUUCUCAUCAUCAUCCCCGUCGUGGUCGUGGCACUACGAUCUCCUUCAAUUCUCCAAAUCUACCUCAUCUCCGAUCUGAUCUCUGCCAGCAGUAUUCCAUGCCUCGUGAUUGGUCUGAACGAUCGGGCGUAUGCGUGGCGCGGAUUCGAGGUCGUCGUCGGCGGUCUGGGUGGUUUGUUUUCCGUGUUCCUGUUCGGUCUGGUCUUCUACCACGGCGACGCAUCCAAGGCGGGAUCCCUCAUGCUUCUCGAGGAGGGUCUGUAUGCCAAUGACUGGUCUGCCUUCGGAGCCUUUGUUGCUGCUCCGGUCGGUGGACUAUUGUGGGCUCUUGCCGCCUUCGCUAUCCGAAUCGCCGCGCAAUGGACACUGGCCAAGGUCAGAGGUCACCGCUUCACUGCGUUUGACAAACCUGCCGCCCCAACCGCCAGCUUCUACACCGGCCGCACUGGCGACAGUGCCGCUAGCGAGAGAGGGGUCUAUCUCGAUUCCGACGGCGUCGAGAGGAGCGAAGUUCAAGUCAAGGGCAAAUUCUUCUAG